AUGGACCCUACUGAGAAGAAGAUAGACUACGAAUUGAAGGUCUCUACGGACCUUGAGCGCUUACCAUCGCAGCAUCAAGGACAGAUCCAGACUCCCCACCUCGAAGGCCUUGUCCUCCAGAAUGAAGAAGUACGGAACAUGAGCAGUAUAGAAACCAUAUCCGCAGGUUGGAUCAUCUGCAACAGCUGGGCAGGUAUUGCUGCGACCUUUGCUCUGGCUAUCGCACAAGGUGGCCCGGCAACGUUGAUAUACGGGCCCAUCAUCAUGUGCGUUCUAAUCGGUGCUUGUGCCAUCUCACUGGCGGAGCUGGCGAGCGUAUAUCCUACAAACCCGACGUAUGUCCCGCAAGCGUGGCACGCCUUCCUUUUGUACCAGGCCAUCAAUGCCCUGUUACUGGUCUACAACAUCUAUCUGCUUCGGCGCACGAUGUGGGUGCACGACCUUGCUUUCUUCGUGUCGAUUAGCAGUUUUCUUGUGAUCGUCGUGACUUGCCUUGCUCAGACGGCAUCGCGCUUCCAGCCCACAGCGUCGGUGUGGACGACCUUCCUCAACGAUGGCGGCUGGUCCAACGGCAUCGCGCUCCUCACAGGACUCGUCUCGCCGAACUACAUGUACGCCGGUAUUGAUGGCGCAGUACAUCUCGCCGAAGAAUGCAAGAAUCCUGGAAUCUUUUGCUCUCGAAUUCCUUCUCCCCACUCAAUAGUUAGUAUACGUGGGAGGCUAAGCAACGAUGAUGUUGACAUUGGCUCGAGAGGAUGCUAGGGGUCGAAACCAACUAGACUUUUUCCAAACACAAAUCCGAGAGAGACAGUCGCUACUUGCGCCACUCCGUCAUCGCAAACAAUAUGUUCACGUGCUCAAUCGCAUUGCUGGCGCCGGUGGUCAGGAAUAUGUGCUCGGGUCUAAGAGGUUCUGUUGCAGCCAAAAUAGAGGCAAAAUGUACAUACAUUUGCACCCCUAAACUAGCUGGUAAAUAGGCAUGAUAUGUGCUGCGAC